ACGCUCGCGCGAUAACAUUCAAAUCGCGCUCGUCUGUACGUGUUUGUGGUGCGUGCUCAGCUACCAGUACCUAGGCGGCGGUUGUCGAGGCCCAUGCCGGAGCUCCGUUGUGUUCCUGGGCUGCAACGUGACCAAUGAGGAAUGUGUUUCCCAGUGCAGCAGUCGUGGUACCAGAUGUACAGAAACUUUGAGGAAGACCCCCUCCUCGGAGGCAAGAGCAAGUGCCUUAAGGGCACGGAGGCUGGAGAGGUUGUGGAUGAUCCGACGAUGGCGACAUUUGAGUACUCGCCCGACGGAAUGUUAAACGCAAAAAUGAAGCUCAUGUCUUCGCCUGGGUACACAGCAAAGAACGUUAUCAACGUGCAGCCCGUCGACAUUUCAGACCCUGGUUCCAGCAUAAAUCUGACAAUAUCAUAUCAUGAAUGUGGCUCAUGCAAGGUGAUCCGGCACAGCUAUAUUAAAGAAGAGAUUGUUAGGCGGUCUCCGGUACCAGUACCAUCUGCAACUACUGACGUUGUCUGCGACCACCUGGCCUCAGUGGCCAGCGCCGGCCCCCACACACUCCUGCUACUCUACCUGGCGUCCUUGCCCGCCCACUAUGUUUCUACUGUGGCAUUCGUGGUCGUAUAUCCCGCUUCUGCCGCUGGCGGCAGCAAGAUGAACGCCGUGGUUAUUCCGCCUAUGAGAGUGACCAUGUUCCCAGAUACGACGCAAUUACCCACGCGCACCCAACGUGGGCGCUGA